AAAGAAGUUUAGCGUAUUGGAGAACAAGGAGUGGAAAGACGUUUAUCAGUUUCUUUUAUUUAUAUACUCACCUUACCUGUAAACAGCGCUCUCCAGUUUUGUCAUUUCGCAGGAGUUACACCUCUUUUGACAUACGUGUAGCUACUGAGUUUCGUUCGUGAACAGAAAUGAGCUUUUUGUUUGGAAGUCGCUCAUCUAAGACGUUUAAACCAAAGAAAAACAUUCCAGAAGGCUCCCACCAGUAUGAACUUUUAAAACAUGCAGAAGCUACCUUGGGAAGUGGCAAUCUUCGUAUGGCUGUUAUGCUACCCGAUGGGGAGGACUUGAAUGAAUGGGUUGCAGUAAACACUGUAGACUUCUUCAACCAGAUCAACAUGCUUUAUGGAACUAUCACUGAUUUCUGCACUGAACAAAGCUGUGCUCUUAUGUCUGCUGGGCCCAAAUACGAGUACCAUUGGGCUGAUGGAACCAAUAUAAAGAAGCCAAUCAAAUGUUCAGCACCAAAGUACAUUGAUUACUUGAUGACCUGGGUACAGGACCAGUUGGAUGAUGAGACCCUCUUCCCAUCAAAAAUAGGUGUUCCCUUCCCAAAGAACUUCAUGUCCGUGGCAAAGACCAUCUUGAAGCGGCUGUUUCGAGUGUAUGCCCACAUUUACCACCAGCACUUUGACACUGUGAUUCAGCUACAGGAAGAGGCCCAUCUCAAUACUUCUUUCAAGCACUUUAUCUUCUUUGUUCAGGAAUUCAACUUGAUUGACAGAAAAGAACUUGUACCUCUGCAAGAGCUGAUUGAUAAGCUUACCACCAAGGACAGAUAAAUGGAGAUAAAACAAAAAGAAAAUAUUUCCUUCAAGCAGACUAACUAUUACUUUGAUUUCUUUCUUUUUGUACAGACAGUCUGGCUUUGUUCUGUGUGCUACAGUAUGUGAAAUGUUUAGGGGAAUGUCUUUUAGCAAGAUAGGGAAAUGACAGGCUUUUAUGCUUAGCAAAUUGUUGGCAAGUCAUCUUUAGACAGGCAUCUUUAAUGUGGUACUCAUUUAGAUUGUUGAUGGGUGUUUUGCUAUAGCGGCAACAUUAGAACACCCCUAACUAGAACAUCCCCAAAACUCAUUUCUGAUUCAAGUGCCUAGUGAGGGUCACAAGUAUGGUGGGACAAACCUACUAAUUAUAGAUACUGUAACAAUUUGAGAUUCAUUCAGCAAAUGUCUACUUUAAUUUGGGAAGAUUUUUAUAAUCUGACUUUAAAGUCACUGCUAUUAUUAUUAUUUUUAUUAUUAUUAUUAUUAUUAUUAUUAUUAUUAUUAUUUUUAUUUAUUUAUUUAUUUAUUUAUUUAUUUAAGUUUUCUUAUUUGAUUGGUCAAGUAACUCUACCUUCAAUGACACAUUUCUUCCAGUUGACCUAAAACAUUAGAAGCUAGCCCUUCUGAAUACCAUAAACUCUAAAUGCUGAUUUAUUUAUUUAUUUUUUUUCAGUGUUGUAAUAUGAGGAAUGUCAAAAGUAAAGAUUUUGUUUAGAUGGAAACAUAAGAAGGUAUAUCUUGGUCAUUGCAUUUAAGUAUCAAACUGGGGAAGCAGAGGUCUUGCUUUCUAUUUCUUUGUUCUAUACCAGGUCUAUGGAUCAGUGCAGGGCUAAAAUCACAGGCUUUUAGUAACUUCUCGGUAGUCUCCUUUUUGGAUCAACAGUUUGUAUCAAAUGUUUUUUUUUUUUUUUUUUACAAAACUUGUGUAUUAGAACAUAAUGUACCAAUUGGAGAAUUCUACCACCAUGGGAAAGACUGAGAAAGCAUUUGCGCCUCUGAAAAUGUUGUGCCAUUAAAUAACAAAAUAAUAAUUGCUAAUGCUAUAAAUCUAUAAACAACUAACAUAUAGCGUAGUUGCUUCAUGCUAGUUCUGUGACAUUACCAUACAGUUUUAGCUUUUACAAGUUUUACACUUUAGUACAUGCUUUAUGAACCUGGUCCUAUGUAGUUUCCAUAAAUGGACCAUAUACAUAAACUUAGAAUAACCAUUUACUAGGAAAUAGUUUGGAUAUUUUUCAAACUAAGGGUAAGAAGAGCAUUCUAUGAUGCAAUAAGAGCUAUUGUAACUUUAGAUAAGUAUAUUAAAAGUCAGAGUUCACCUACAUUUUCUGCAGUCUGUAUUUUUAAUUAAACAUAUUUUUUACUGCCCUUGGGAAACGUGUGCUAAUUUACCAUUCCAGCUAAAGUAAUUUUCAAAGCUCAGUGGGUGGUAUUC